UGUUAUAAAUCUGCUGCAGGACAGCAAAUUCCAGCUCUUCAAGCCCGUAAUGGACAACUACAUCGAGAACCACUUCGCUGGGGCCCUAUCCUACAGGGAUCUGAUCCGUGUGUUGAAGUGGUAUGUGGAUCGUAUCAUUGAUGCCGAGCACCAGGAACAGAUCCAGCAGGUUUUGAAGGCGUCAGAGUACUUGUUUAAGUACAUUGUGCAGUCCCGGCGUCUGUACGCGGCGGCCACCGGAGGACAGAACGAGGAGGAGUUUCGCUGCUCUGUUCAUGAGCUCUUCAAAUCCAUCCACCUGUUCCUGUCUCACGAGAGUAAGGGCAUCAGCCCCAUCACACACACACAGGCCGUGUUCCUGAGAUCGUUCCCGACUGUGUGUUGCGAGCUGCUAAAGAUCUUCAGCAUGAGAGAGGUGGCAAAUCUGGCCCGUGACACGCUGAGCAGUCUGCCCGCCCUCGCGCACAACGACUGCCCCCUACAGGCCGUCAAACUGCAGUGCAUGGCCAAGACCGUGGAGAGCCCUCUUUACAUCAACCCGGAGUCGAGGUGUGUGCUGUUACCUGUAGUUCUGCGUCUGCUGCACACACACCUGCAGGAGCAGAAGGAGCUGGUUCUGUGUGCCAACAUCCUCACCAGCAUGCUGACGCUCAACACACCCGCCACGGAGUGUGGAGUGUCUGAGGAGGUGAAUCUGGUCAUGGAGAGUCUGUCUGGAGUGUUACUCAGAACUAUACUGGAAGUGACCAACCGGCCUCAGCCCGCUGCCUCCUCCCUGCGCCUGCAGUACCAGGAUGUUACUGGUGAAUUUGUUGCCUGUUUGCUCGCGUUGCUACGGCAGCUAAAAGAUAAAGAGUACCAACAGCUUCUCAGCAGAUUUCCCACUAAAGAUGAACUAACGAGUUUCAUCCUGCAGUUAUUCACCGUCUUCAGAAUACUUAUCCGACAGGAUAUGUUCCCAAAAGACUGGACUGUCAUGCGACUGGUCGCUAAUAACGUCAUUAUUACCACCAUCUUGUAUCUCUCUGAUACCCUGCGCAACAACUUCCUUAAUGAGAAAUUUGACUUCAAGGUGUGGGAGUCCUAUUUUUAUCUCUGUAUAAUAUUCAUCAACCAGCCUUGCCUCCAACUGGAAAUGUUCCCGCCCUCCAAGAGGAAAAAAGUCCUGGAAAAGUAUGGUGACAUGAGAGUGAUGAUCGGUUGUGAGAUUUUCAGCAUGUGGCAGCAUUUGGGUGACUACAAGUUAAAUCUCAUUCCUACCCUAAUUGGCCCGUUCAUGGAGGUGACUCUGGUACCACAGAUGGAUCUGCGGAACGUCCUCAUCCCCGUUUUUCACGACAUGAUGGACUGCGAACAGCAGCGGAGCGGCAACUUCAAACAGGUGGAGGCCAAACUAAUAGACAAACUAGAGGGUCUGAUGUCGGAGGGCAAAGGAGAUGAGACUUACAGAGAGCUAUUUAACAACAUAAUUCCUUUGUUUGGUCCAUAUCCGAGUCUGCUGAAGAAGAUCGAGAGAGAGACCUGGAGAGAAAGUGGCGUUUCCCACAUCGCUACCGUCACACGGUUGAUGGAAAGAUUGCUAGAUUACAGGGACUGCAUGAAGAUCGGAGAGGUUGAUGGGAAGACGAUGGGAUGUACAGUCAACCUUCUGAACUUCUACAAGACUGAGUUGAAUAAAGAAGAAAUGUACAUCCGUUAUAUACAUAAGCUCUAUGAGCUGCACCUGAAGGCACAAAAUCACACCGAGGCGUCGUACACCCUCCUGCUGUACGACGAGCUGUUGGAGUGGACUGAAAGGCCUCUCAGAGAGUUUCUCACGUACCCCAUGCAGAGCGAGUGGCAGAGGAAGGAAUGCCUCCAUCUCACCAUCAUACACAAUUUUGACAGAGGGAAAUGCUGGGAAAACUGCAUCAUACUGUGUCGAGAACUGGCCAAUCAGUACGAAACGUAUUAUGACUACAGGAACCUCAGCAAAAUGAGGAUGAUGGAAGCCUCUUUUUAUGACAAAAUAAUGAACCAGCAGCGCCUCGAGCCGGAGUUCUUCAGAGUCGGAUUCUACGGCAAGAAGUUCCCCUUCUUUUUAAGGAAUAAAGAGUUUGUGUGUCGAGGGAACGAUUACGAGCGUCUGGAGGCCUUUCAGCAGCGGAUGCUCGGCGAGUUUCCUCACGCCAUCGCAAUGCAGCACGCCAACCAGCCCGACCAGACCAUCCACCAAGCGGACGCGCAGUAUCUGCAGAUCUAUGCCGUUAGUCCUGUCCCUGAAAACCAGGACGUCCUGCAGAGAGACGGGGUGCCCAACAACAUCAAGAGCUUCUACAAAGUUAACCAUAUUUGGAGGUUUCGCUAUGACAGACCUUUUCACAAGGGCACCAAAGACAAAGAGAAUGAGUUUAAGAGCCUGUGGGUUGAACGGACAACACUGACCCUCGCUCAGAGUUUACCUGGCAUUUCACGCUGGUUCGAGGUUGAGAAAAGGGAAUUGGUGGAGAUGAGUCCCUUGGAGAACGCCAGCGAGGUGAUCGAAAAUAAGACACUGCAGUUGAGAACGCUGAUCGCCCAGUGUCAGAUGAGGCAGAUGCUGAACAUCAACCCGCUCACCAUGUGCCUGAACGGAGUCAUCGAUGCCGCUGUCAAUGGAGGACUGGCUCGAUACCAGGAGGCAUUCUUUGCGAAAGAUUACAUCGCAAAUCAUCCAGAGGACGGAGAGAAAAUUACUCGUCUUAGGGAACUGAUGUUUGAACAGGCUCAUAUUCUGGAAUUUGGUUUAGCCGUGCACGAGAAGUUCGUCCCGCAGGAUAUGAGGCCGUUGCAUAAAAAGCUUGUUGACCAAUUUCAUGUAAUGCGCUCCAGUCUGGGAAUUCAACCACAAGAGUUUCCCGCUUAUGUGCGAGUUAGUCCACUGCAUUUUGCCAAUGGCAGUCCGCGCACAUGUAGGACCCCCAUACCUAAUGCCAUCAGCCCAGAGGGAGGCCGAAUCGUGGCGAGACGCAGUCCCCUCAGCUAUCCAGCCAUCAACCGAUACUCCUCAUCCUCACUGUCAUCGCAGGCCUCAAACGAAGUGAGCAACAUCACCGGCCAAUCAGAGAGCUCGGAUGAGGUCUUCAACAUGCAACCCAGUCCAUCUACCUCAAGUCUCAGCUCAAAUCACUCUGGCUCACACAACGUGAACAGCUCUGCACCCUCCAGCAAUAGAGCUUCUCCACUGCCGUCUGACAAGCACAAGCACUCCAGAGAGAACGCCUGCCUCUCUCCGCGGGACAGACUCUGCAGCGGCAUUUUCCCCAGCCCGCUGGAACACACACAGAGGAUGAUUCCGUUCCAAAUACCAGUGGAUUCACCAUUACCACGGUGUGAAGCCAAUCUCCCCACACCUGAGACGGGAUCUCUGUGCAAGAACGUGAGGUCACUGUCACCCAUGCCGAGCGCCCGCUCCCCUCAGAAGUCAAUGGUGCCGCCCCUCACGCCCUCCCCGACCGAUGGCUUGCCAAUGGGGAGCCUGGCAUCUCACUCCCCUGCCCGCUCUGGCAGCUACAGCAGCGGCAUCUCGUCCCUCAGCCGCUGCAGCGUCUCUGAAACAUGCGGGAUCGACCUCCCGCCGCCCGACCCUCCUCUGCCCCCCGCCGUUCCCAUGGACAUGCCCAUUCGGCGGGGCAGCAAGACUCCUCCGCCCUACAGUGUCUACGAACGGAACAAUCCCCGGCGGGCGACGCCACUGCCUCACAGUCUAUCAGUGCCGCCCAGUACUGACAACCCCAGCCUGACCGCAAAACCCCAACUGAACCGCACACAGCGAAUUAAUUCCGAACCGCGCCACCGGCCCACCCCCAGAAAGGUCUCUCAGCUGUAGUGUGCGCGGUAAUGGGACUAAGUUGCAGCUGAUUGCUGUAAAAUUACUGUAGGCUAUGUAUCAUAAUUGGGAAUGUUUUCAAAUGCGAGGAGGUGCGUUUAUGUGGAGGACAGGGAGUGGCAUAUUCAUAAAUAAAUCUUUCAAAUCUAUUAAAUAAGAGUGUCAAUGAAUAAACAAGUCUAUGUCAAUACAUACAUCGAGAAAAGCCAAAUCAAAAAAUCAAUAAAAAGUUUAAUUUAUGUAUUUAUUUAUUGACACAUUUCAUAAAUAAAGAAUUAUAUAA